AUGCUCUUCAUAACCACGAUGAUUCCAGUCAUGCAGUUACCCGGCACGAUGGCGCAGACCAGGCACAUCGUCGGCGGCAGUUUGGGAUGGACCAUACCUUCCGGUGGCGCAGUCUCUUACACCACUUGGGGAUCCCAUCAAUCCUUCACUGUCAACGACCUUCUCGUCUUUAACUUCACCGAUGGAGAAUACGACGUUGCGGAGGUUUCAGAGGCAGCAUACGGCCCAUGCACUGCCACCAACCCCAUCUCCCUCGCCACAAAUGGUCCCGCCACCCUUACCUUGACCACCGCAGGCACUCACUAUUACAUCUGUACAUUCAGAAGUCACUGCCAAAUUGGUCAGAAGUUAACCAUCAACGUCUCAGAAGCAGCUUCCUCCACUCCUCCUCGAGCAACACCAGUAACUCCACCGACAAUCAGGCGUCCUCCUAGACCAGUAACAUCCAGAACAGCGGUGGAGACACCGAACACGGCAACACCCUUUGCUCCAUGUCCCCGCAUUACAUCUACCCCACCACCACCUACUGAUGGAGCUCCAUCAUUCACCGGCAUGGUACCUUACACGUUCUUGAUAAUUGGCUUAGUUUUCUUGAAUUGUUAA